AGUUCUCCCCCGAGCCUCUGGGGUUUGCUGCAUCCAUUGCGGAAGGGGGGGAUCUCAGUGAGCCCCCCCCCCCCGCCUUCUCCCACCUCCAGGUGUGGGGCUCUUCUGCGGGAGGGGGGAGGCUGUUCUCUCUGCUGUGGGUCUGCUCAUGCUGGCCCCGGCGGGGGUGGGUCUGGGUUACACCUGCUGGGUCCUGGGGGGUGGGGGCAUGUCUGGGAGCCAGGACGCCUGGGUUCUUCUCUCCCUAGCCGGGGGCGGGAAUGGGGAUCCGGUGGGUUAGAGCAGGGGGUGCUGGGAGCCAGCACUUGGGGCCAGGGCCUAUUCUGUGGAGCUCCCCAACCCCCUAGCUCAGCCCCACUUUGGGGCUCCCCCAGCCCAGCUCUCCUGGUCCCCUCCCCCCACAUCUGGUCAGGCCCCAGAGGGGCUCCCCCAGACAACAAAGGCCACAAUUCAGUCCCCCCCCCCCACUCCUGAGACACCCCAACCCAGGGACCGACUGGGGCAAAAGCUCCUUGGGGCACCUCCCUCAUGCACCCCAGGGUGAGGGGUGGUCUGAAUCCUGCUGAGGUUGCUGGGUGAGGGGGGCAGCCAUAAUCUUGAGUGGCCCCCAGUGUGGGGGAAAGGGAGAGAGGCCUCCUCCCCUGACCCCGCUCCGGUGCCCCUCUUUGAUCCAGGCCGGCAGGGGGCCCCACCUGGUGCAUUUGCCUGCCCCAUGGGGUAUAGGGCCCCAGCCCCCUUGCUGGAGCCAUAGCUCCGGGGCACAAGAUUCAGUGGGGCAAAUGAAGGGGUGUUAUUCCUGGCACUUACUGGGGUGGGGGGAGUGGGGCAUGGCCCAAUUUGGGAUAAGUGUGUGUGGGGGAGUCUCCCUAAAUGUGCCAGGGGGCUCGGGAACCACCUGCUCCUCGUGUCCAAGGCUGAGGCUCAGUUUGUGGGGCUCGAUCCCAAGGUCCCCCAUCCCUUCAGGGGGGGUUGCACCUCUCUGGGCUCCCCGUAUUCUGGGCCUGGCCCCUGGGGAGCAGAAACUACCCGAAGUGCAGUGUCCUCUGGCCACACCCCUGAUCUGCCCCAAGUAGGGGGCCAGGGCCUGACCCCACUUCACCGGCUCGGGCCCCUGCAGGGGUGAUUCUUGGGGGGGGGCCUGCACCCCUAUUCUGGCCCAUUCGCGCUGCUGGAGGGUGGAGGGGGGAUGGAUCUGUGUCUUAGGGUCCUGCUAGACUCCGCUCCCUCUCCCAUGGGCAGCCCCAGCCUCCUUAUCCCUCCCCCAGGACCCGGGAUUUCCCAUUCAUUACUCUGCUGUUUCAUAACCCAAGGUGGUGGGGAACGCAGCCUUCGGCCUUACGAAGUGGGUUUUUCGCAGCAAUCGUGCCCCCCUGUUUAAAAAAACCCUUUGUUAACCCCUCCAAACAAGCAUUUCUCCCCCAUCCCCCCCCCCCGUGUUUUAUUUUAAUUGCAAUGAUAUUUAUUAAAUGAUUGUCUCGUUACUGUCAUGUUUGUGAUGGGUGACUGAUCAGCUGUGGGGGGUGGGUGUGUGUGUUUUGUUUGAACUUGGGGGGGGGGUUCGCUGUGGGGCAGGCUGUGGGGUACAACCCGCCUGCCACCACUGAGAUGGACAGGAGCUAACUCACCCCAACCCACACAGCGAUAGGGGAAUAGACCCCAGGAGAUACACCCCGCCCACCCCCAGGAGCGUGGGACCCGAGGGUAGAGAUUUAAAGGCCAGAGGGGACAACGAUGGCUGGGCCGAGGGGAUGGCCGGGCCCCGGAGGGGAUCCGCCCCUCCCGAUGCUUCCUGGAGCCGAAGGUUCAAAUCCCGGCUGGGGCUGGGGCAGUUGGCUGGCUGUGGAAGGGGUGGGGGUGGGGCGGUGUCCAUUGUCUGUCUGUCUGUCUGUCUCUAGCCCACCCGGGAGGCGAUGCCGGCGGCUUUGAUGACUGUUCUUUUCUCUUCAGUGUCAUUUGUUUUAUCCAGGAUGGCGGCAUGCGGGGGCGCCACUAAAAAUAAGCUCACGGUCUCUAAGCCCGUCUGGGACUUCCUGACCAAAGAGGCCCCCUCCAAGCUGGUCAGGCUGAAGGAGGAGACCAAGCUGAGCAUCCUGAUCGAUGGGGAGACCUCGGAGAUCUACGUGCUGCAGCUCUCCACGCCGGCCCCCGGGGCCGGCAACGGCCUCUACCUGGCCCGCAGAGCCCUCAAGGCCUUGCUCAAGGAGACGGAGAAGGAGCUGAAGAAGGCUCAGCGGCAGAGCGAGCUGGUGGGGUGCAUGGCCCUGCUGGACAAACCCGGGGGCGAGCUGCGCCCACACGGGGCCGGCGUGGUCUCCCGGGGUCAGCAGACCUCCGGGGCCAGGGCGGGGGGCCCAGGAGGGGGAGGGGGCCUGGGGGGGGCGGCGGGCUGCUCGCGGGAGGAGGAGCAGGAGAACCAGUGCCCCAUCUGCCUGGGGGAGAUCCAGAACGUAAAGACUCUGGAGAAGUGCAAGCACUCCUUCUGCGAGGACUGCAUCACGCGGGCGCUGCAGGUCAAGCGGGCCUGCCCCAUGUGCGGGCGCUUCUACGGGCAGCUGGUGGGCAACCAGCCCGAGAACGGGCGCAUGCUGGUGUCCAAGGACUCGAGCCUGCUGCUCCCCGGCUACGAGAAAUACGGCACCAUCAUCAUCCAGUACGUCUUCCCGCCUGGCAUCCAAGGGGUGGAGCAUCCCAACCCCGGCGUGCGGUACCCGGGCACCACGCGGGUGGCCUACCUGCCCGACUGCCCAGAGGGGAACAAGGUGCUGGCCCUGUUCCGCAAGGCCUUCGACCAGCGCCUGACCUUCACCAUCGGCACCUCCAUGACCACGGGCAGAGCCAACGUCAUCACGUGGAACGACAUCCACCACAAAACCAACUGCACCGGGGGACCCCAGCUAUUCGGGUAUCCUGACCCCACGUACCUCGCCCGGGUGCAGGAGGAGUUACGAGCCAAAGGCCUCACUGAGGAUUAACCCUUUCUCUGCUGCGGCUCCUGCUGUGGGGCCAGGGGGCGACCCGGGGGGGGGGCAGGACGGCCCCACAGCGUCUCCCGUCCAGCUGGGCCCGGGGCAGCCACGCGUCCGUCAAGGCAAGGUGCUUCGCCGGCUCCGCCCUGGAUUGCGGCUGUCAGCGCCAGAGCCCAUCCCCGCUGCCAGUGCUCCUUGGAGGGGCGGGCGGGGGGGGAGUGAGUGUGUGACCAGGGCGUGUCUGGAGAGGGUAGGGAGAUCAAGCGUAUGUGUGUGUGAGAGUGAGAGAUCAGGGGUUGUGUGUGCAGGGGGUGAGGGGGGUG